AUGUCGAAGGACGCUGCAGGAGAUACAGCGGCGGUUGUGACGCACGUCCCCGGCUCCCCUUCUCAAGGUGGACAGGGCAUUGUAUCAGAUCGAUCCCAACGUACGGGGCCUACGCAGCUACAAUAUAAUGGCGACGCUCCGCCUUCAGUCGCGUUUGCUAGUGGCAACCCGUACCUCGAUCGUCCUCUGCCCGCUCCACCACAGCGCAAAGCGAAGAUGGUUGAACGACCAAAUACCUCGGGUGGGCCGAGCUCAAAGAGCCAGACCAGAGACAACAACUGGAACUUUGACAAAUACGACAAGAGGGUAUCCCGGGAUGAUUUUUACUUGAGCAUGAAACCGCGGGCUGGGCUGGAGUCUAAGCCGCCACAGUUUCCACCGUUUCGGAGCCAGUUGCCAACCCCCGAGGGAAGCCCACGGUCUCAACCUCCUUCUCAGCCUGCUGUACCUAUAGUGAGGUUACCAACACCGGACUCCGUGGAAGAAUCAGUUUCUGGGCCUAUCGGAAUGGCGCUGGGCAGUCCCUCACACCCGCCUACAGCCUGGAAUACGUGGAGUUCACAGCAGACAUUACAACCACAGCCAGCACGACCUAUGCUUCCAGUAUCACCUCUAUCAUCAGCCAGCAGUGUGGAUUCGUACGACAUGCCUAAGGAGAGAAAACCGAGUGGGAAAUGGAAGCUGUUUGGGAUGUUUGGCAGGAAACAUGCAGACAACUCGCAAAGUACGGUAUCGAUAUCAGAGCCGAACGAGUUAAAGGGGUCGUACCAACAGUCACAGCAGACCACGCCCAGGUCACAACCAGGAAGGAGCAACACGGAUGCCAAGAAGGUCCCGAAACACAAGCCUAUAGUCAUACGUUCACAAACUGCGCCUAAUGAACAUGGCAUGAGGCUUUUCUCGUCAUCGAGGACUAGAAGUCCCAGUAUCGAUACCUUUGGGAGCGCUGGGCCGCAUGGCAGGGCCGGAAGCAACUUUGGCAGUAUUCCCAUUGCACUGGAUUCUGCCGUCCCAAGUGCGAACGCCACACCAAACCUCUUGAACGUUGAGAUACCGCAGAGCAACAUGGAGAGAUACAGUGUCAUGUUCGGCAGUGUCUUACAAACGCAACCGAGUAACUCGUCGGCGUUGCUGGCUCGACGGCAGGCCACGCUGAGAGACCUGAGGAAGAUCAGUGAUGCCGUCAUUCUAGAAGAGGAGGAGAAGCAGACUGGGAGGCCUCGAAGAGUAUCAUCACCACAACAUGCAAAAGCAUCGCCUGCAUUCGCUCUAUUUCCUUCACCGCCAAGUAGACAAUCUAAUCAUCAACAAGUAUCCCAUCAACAUCGUCAACCACCAAGGAUUUUGCGGUCCAACACGUCUCCAGCAAUGCUACCCUCCCCCUCAAGGGCAACAUUUGAAGGCCCCUCAAGCCAUCAUCUCAAUGAUGCUGCAACCGCCAACAAGGCACAAUUUGGUAAUAAGGUGACCAUUGCCACCCUCGCGAAGUCGAGAGAACAACAACAAGCAGUCCACGGCUUUCACUUCGGCGCGGAGCAGUCAGGACUCAUUCUUGAGUCUCCAACUGAACUCAACGCACCUGAGUUUCCGGCGGAAGUGAUCCGGACGAGUACUGUGCGACACAAGAUACAGGAGCCGGACUGGCAGAUCAUCGAGCCGGCGGCCCAUGCUGCGCCUUCCACAGCGUCGUCCGUGUCGAGCUCACGGAAGCGCUCACCAUCCUCGGUGUCGUCGGCGCAGACACACAUGACACAGCCGUCCGUGGACCUGGACGAGCAGGACACGGCCAACAUGAACCCGGUCGAGGUUUCCAUCGCCAGGCAGAUCUCUAUAUCUAGGCAGCAGCGCAAGAUGCUGCAGCCACUGCAGACAUCAUUCACGCCGUCCAAGCCGCGGGGCAGCCCGGGAAACCCGAGCCCUCCUGUUCCCAUGAUCGCCAUCGGCAAGAACGAGAGGCUGGCUGAGACCAAGACGUCUACGCCGACCCUAGUCACCCCCUCGACCUUUGACUCGCAACUACGCCAACAUCGCAAGAGCGAGCGGAUCGUGCUCGAGGGCUAA